UUCCUACUAAACUACUUGUUGCCAAACAUGCCAUAUAAAGCGAAGCCGCAGCAAGGAUAUCUUCCCUGCCAUUCUUUCUUCCAAUAGCGCUAGGUCUGUCCUGUUCUAGGGUUUGCUUUUCCUCGUCUCCAUGCCUUCAUUGCUGCUUGAGCUUCGCGUGCUACGGCGUGAAGGAGAGUUUUGAAAGAGUCUCUAAAGGAAGCUGCUUCGCCGCCUUCGACAACGUUGCCCUGUAGGAUCGGAAAUCACGACGGGAGCUCGCUGUGAUGGAUUUAAGUUUUGUGACGGAUAAAUCAUUAAAUUCUUUCAAUCCUUGGUAUGGUGAGAUUUAACAAAUCCUGCAUUUAACCAAGAACGGUGAUGGAACAGGAAUUUAUCGAAAUAUUAGGAUCUAAAUUCCCAAAAAGCGAAUUCUUGCAUAGAUCCUGCCUAAAAAAGGACGCCAAACAACCCCCAAAUGCAUCAACAUUCUGUGCAAUGGAGCUCCAACUAUGUCAUUUCAAAUUUAUGGCCUGAGAAGAAUCAUUUUUCUUUCAUUUCAAAUCAAGGGAAUGCUACUCUUGAAACAGCCCUCAGCAAGUUUUCUGAAUGCUUGUAAGCAUUUAGACAUGGCAAGAUUUAUGCACCAUAGAUUUGCGGUUCAGAACACUGCAAAUAGUAUUUUUGGUUUUGAUAGUCUGCUGAAAGCUCGAUUUUAUUCUAAACUUCAAAUAAUUGAAAAAGAAGAUGAGUUAGUACCUACAAAUGUUCUGGUGAGAAGUAUAGCUUCUAUUGUCCAGAAGACAGACAGAUGGGAUACAUUGCUUAAGGAGCUCUGUGUUGCUUCUGCAUCUAAGAUCACCCCACCUAUUGCUGUUCAAGUCCUCAAGCGCAUAAAGAAACCUGAUGUGGCCUUUAAAUUUUUCAGUUGGUUGGAUAAUCAUGAAGGUUUCAGCCAUGACAGUCUUGGUUACUCAGCAAUCAUUCAGGUCUUAGCGAAGGAUCGAAACCCCUCGCACACAGCCAUUGCUGACUCUUUGCUUCAUAAGAAGAUAGAUCUAGGAUUAGUUGUCAUUCAAGCUGAUUAUGAUCAUUUGUUGCAUCAGUGGGCUGUUUCUAGGAGAUCAGAUGUUUCCCUAUCUCUGUUAAAUGAGAUGAUUUCUCAUGGAUUCAGUCCUUCAGCCAUUUCUUGCAGAGUUCUUCUUGAAGAACUUUUCCGUUCGAAACAAGAAGAUUUAGCCUGGGAGUUGUUCAACAACAUGCUUAAUAGGAAAAUCGAUGUUCUGCGUGCCGAUAUCUUUAAUGUAGCAAUGAAAUACCUGUGUGUGAAAGGGAAACUGGAGAAAGCUUUAGAGAUUUUUACAAAGUUGAAAGCUGAAAACUAUAAGCCUAAUUUAGAGAGUUUUAAUAUACUAAUCAAAGGUUGUUGUGAGAAGGGAGAAGUGAAAACUCUUUGUGAGCUUUUCAAGAACAUGCUGGAAGAUGAGAUAAAGCCAAAUAGCUAUACUAUGAAUUUGCUCAUCAAGGAGUUGUGCAAACAAGGAAGACCUGAUUAUGGCAAUCAUCUUUUCAACUACAUGAGGUUGGUGGGUUGGAUUGAUAGGAAGUUUGUUUACAGUCAACUUGUUGAAUCUCUCUGUAACUAUCGCUGUUGUUUGAAAGCAUCCAAAAUUUUUGUUAAGAUGGUUCGACGAGGGCAUCAUCCGAAGCCGAGUCUGUAUGGUAAUCUUGUAAAACGACUGUGCGCGAUUGGAAAAUUGAAUGAAGCAUUUGAGCUGAAAGAUCUGAUCUUGAGGAAGGCAUUUUUACCAGGGAUUGAUAUCUAUAAUGGAUUAAUUAAUGGAUUGUGCUUAACUGAUAGAAUGGAUUUGGUUCAAAAAUUGUUGGUGGAGAUUCAUGAAGAGGGACUGGAAGCUGAUACUCAGACUUUCAAUAUGGUAUUGCGUGGAUACUGCUUGUCGAGGAACGCAAAGGCAGCAGUGGAGUGGAUAGAAAGAAUGAAAGAGGAGGGUUUUAAACCUGACAUGGAAUCAUACGAUAUACUGGCAAAUUGUCUUGCUGUUCAAGGGAAAGUUGAUGAAGAAAUCCAGGUGAAGACCUGCGAGGAAAUAAUGGUUCCCAUUGCAGAGGACAGUUCUUCUGUUGUAAAUGAUGAGGUGAAGCCGAAUGAUAAUGCAACAUGCCAAUGAGAUUCAAAUGAAAUGAUGAUCAUUGAUUUCUGGAUUGAUGAAGCUAUUGAGUAGGGAUGUCAAAGUGGGUAUUCAGUUGGGUUCGUGUUGAACUCGAAAUUGACCUGGGUCCAAUUUAGUUGACGUGAAGCAAGUCCGAAUUACAAAAUGGGUCAUAUAUGUGAACUUGACCAUGCUCUAACUCGGGUUGACCCAACUUGACCCGACCCACUAACCGUAAGGCCACAAGGCGCGAGCGGGAUAGCGUAGGGGCCGCAAAGGCAGGGGCGAGUGUGCAAGGAUGAGCCGGCGAGGGGUCGAGGCUCUCGAGUUGUAAGCACGUGCGAUUGACACGAGCUUGGGUGUGAGCGCGAGUGAGGAUGUGGCCGUGCGGGUGCGAGUGCUAGCAAGAGUGCAAGCGUGGGUGCAGGGGAAGCACGAGGCCACUAACGCGGGGUGCGAAUAAUGGGGUUGCGCUGGGUCAACGUGACUCGGGUCGGUCGAGUUGAUUUCAGGUUUUCAGGCUAACUUGAACCCGACCUAAAUUUUCAGUUGUGUUAGAAUUUGAAACCCAAGCCCGACCCGUUUUCCAAACAGGUUGACCCGAACAAAAAAAUUUUGGGUCAUGACAUAUUGACACCCUUAUUCACAACCUUAAGCUUACAUAAUCGUCGUCCACAAUACCACCCUACCACGGCAGUAUUAUUUGCACCGCCACGGGAUUCGUCAUCAUCUGUAGCCUCGCCUCCAUCGUGACUAUAAUCCCUCCUACCCUUCUUGUAGCAUUGAACUCGUUGUUGCCGUCCUAGUCACCGACUUUGCCACCAUUAUUCUCUCUCCGACCUGUGAGUGACCCUCUCAACCUAAAGAGAAAAGAAAGGAAAAAAAAAAAGAGCUCGACAAAUAGUCAAAUACUAAAAAAAUAGUAAUAUUUGAUUUUCAUUCCACUAGAUUAUGUUAUACUUCUAAAAUAUAUAUGUACUUCAAAUAUAUCCAAUCAAACAGCUUCGUAGUUUUUUUUUUAUUUUAAUCUUUUUAUGACAAUGAAACUCCAGCAGUAUGCUGUGUUAGCA